GUGCCUUCACUGAAACCUGUAGCUGUUUGGACCUUCUAGACCACACCAGGAGCCCAAGGACAGCCAUCCCUGCCCGCUGAACUUUCUGAUCCCUGGUCCCUGGUGGUGCCCCCAUCCCACCCAUAAUCCUUCCAUGCCACGUCUACCACCUCUCUGAAACUGUCUUUGCUCCCUUGUAGUCUGACUGUGACAACACAUAGGAUUUUCUUUGUUCUGUGUGGGUGAGAGGGGACUGUCCUCCCGCUGUCCCUCCCUUCACUCCGUCCCCUGUUCCCUGCUCCCUCUGCACAUCGUGAGCCAACCCGAUCAAUAAUGUGUUUCGCCAUCCAUCUCGCCGGACAGUUCAGCUGAGGAAAGAGAGAGAGAGAGAGAGGGGGACAGAAGUUGGACCGGCCUGCACAAAGCAAGCUUUCGUCAGUGCCACCAGCCCAGACCCUCAGUGUCAGGCACUGGAGGAAUCUCAUCAGCCCCAGUAACAGGCUCUUAGGAUGGGCAAUAGAUCCUAGGAGAGGCCCAGGCACACCUCCACGAACAGGCCUCGGACAGAAAACACCUUAAGAUUGGCUUGUUUAAUUUUAAUUUUCUUCUUCAGUUUGAUUUCCCUCAGUGACACUAGAAGCAAACUUUCACACACAUUCUGAGACCUCACUUUCUGCCUGGAUAUCCGUUGUUCUUAAAUCGGCUACUCCUGCCCGGUUUCAAAAUGGCGGUAAACCUGACACCUAUUCGGGACACAAAAUGGCUGACUCUGGAGGUGUGUCGUGAGUUCCAGAGAGGGACGUGCUCGCGUCCCGACAGCGAGUGUAAGUUUGCCCACCCUGCCAAGAGCUGCCAGGUGGAGAAUGGACGAGUCAUCGCCUGCUUUGACUCCCUCAAGGGCCGUUGUUCCAGGGAGAACUGUAAGUACCUCCACCCUCCUCCCCACCUGAAGACCCAGCUGGAAAUCAACGGCAGGAACAAUCUGAUCCAACAGAAAAACAUGGCAAUGCUGGCACAGCAGAUGCAGCUCGCCAAUGCCAUGAUGCCCGGCACACAGCUACAGCCUACAUGUAUGCCGGUGCCCAUGUUCUCUGUGACGCCCAGCUUUGCCUCCAACGCCAGUGCUGCUGCUGCUGCUGCGGCUGCGUUUAACCCCUACCUGGGCCCGGUGUCUCCUGGCCUGAUGCCCGCUGAGAUCAUGUCCAGCGCCCCGGUCCUGGUGACCAGUAACCCCAACGUCCCCAUGCACUCCGCUGCUGCUGCAGCCGUACAGAAAGUAAUGAGGACAGACAGACUGGAGGUAUGUCGGGAGUACCAGAGAGGUAACUGUACGCGGGGGGAGAAUGACUGUCGCUUCGCCCACCCCUCAGACAGCACCAUGAUAGACACCAACGACAACACAGUCACCGUGUGUAUGGACUACAUCAAGGGCCGCUGCUCCAGGGAGAAGUGUAAAUACUUCCACCCUCCAGCCCACCUGCAGGCCAAGAUAAAGGCUGGCCAACACCAGGUCCACCAGGCUGCUGCCGCGGCAGCCAUGACUCAGUCGGCUGUCAAAUCACUGAAGCGACCCCUCGACGCAACCUUUGACCUGGGGCUUUCACCUGUUUUACCUCCAUUACCAAAGAGACCCACACUUGAGAAAGCCAACGGUGCCACCGCCAUGUUCAACGCCGCUGGAAUGUUCCAGUACCAACAGGCCCUGGCCAACAUGCAGUUUCAGCAGCAGUUCUUCCCAUCAGGCUCGAUAUUGUGCAUGACACCUGCAACAAGUGUUGAGUGGGACUGGACUGGAUUGGGACGGACUGUGGGUUGCAGACAGGUACCCAUGAUGCACGGUGCUACGCCCGCCACUGUGUCGGGAGCCACCUCUUCUGCCACAAGUGUUCCCUUUGCAACCGCAACAGCCAAUCAGAUUCCAAUAAUAUCUGCAGAUCAUCUUACUCACAAGUAUGUGACCCAGAUGUAGAAGUCUCUACCAGAACAAUGGAACUGGAGUGUGCUGGUGUUCCAUCCGUCCCUGACAACAGUUCACCCAUCAUGCCUGUAACCACAGAAAUAUCUUUAGAAUUUAGAAUCUUUAGAAUCGAUUCUAUUUCUAUGCCUGUAACAUCCAGAACACCAGAAGACUCCAACCACCUGUAAACUGUAGUGGCACUGGCAUGCAUGCUACUCUAGAAGGUCCAGUUGGUCGUAACGUGGUGAACAUGUGUAUUCUACACACACCGUACGGACAACAGCACUGGUGGACCUCCUACAGAGAGGAACUAUGCCAUCUACAGAACAUUACAGCCAGCCUUUAUAUCUGUGGAGGCGUCAUCCAUUAAUACACCGGACACACUUUGAAUGUCAACAUGAGAAGAUAGUCACGCCCACCAGUUUGAUAUGUCAGCAGACCAAGACUCUCUUAUAUGUUGUUUUCAGUUUGUUUUCUUUAAUUGAUAUUAUUUUUCAUGGUUUACGCAAAACUAAGGUGCACCUUGUAUUUUAAACAAGAGUGGAAAAUUAACAGAAAUAGUAACUAAUUGUCAUAUUAGACUGAAUGAAUUGUGCAUGUCUUGUUUUUGUAAAUGACUUGGUUCUUACAAAGCCAACUUUGUUGAAAUGGGUUAGUGGGCUUGGUGCCAAAAUGACAGCUGAAUGUUUUGGGUUUAGUACACCUUUGGGUUUUAAAACCCAUCCCAGCUUUACUAGAUACAGUUGAAGUCGGAAGUUUGCAUACACUAAGGUUGGAGUCAUUAUAACUCGUU